AUGAAAGUUGAAUUCUUUUAUUAUCUUGUUUUCUGUACAAGUAGCUGGAUUGUGUCUUCAGAAAAACUAGAAUUCACUGCUCUAAAUGUUGCUCUAUUGGAACCAAAUGGCGUCAAAAUUUUGCAAAAGCUCGAGAAACAUCUUUGGUCAGCCAUCAAUAAUCUUGGCGAAAUCAUUCGAGUCAAUGCAUCGAUGAGUGAUGAAAUCCCAAUGAAAAAAGUUCUUGACUGUUCACCACAACUUCUCGAUCAAUCUUUCAGGAUUCGUUUGGCUAGAGAAGAGACGAUAAAAAUUGAUUUUGAGGAUGGCAAGAUUGGAUUGGAAAAUGGAAAAUUUAACUUUCUUCUCAUUUUAGGGCAAGAUUUCGAGAAAUGCAAGGUUGAUGAUACACUUCUGGCAACAGCAAGCCCCUGCUAUAUUGAGGGAAGCAAUAGACCUCUACUUGGUCUCCUCAACAUUUGUCCAGGCCAGCGAAGAUGGAAGAAGUUCUCAAUGAUUACCGAUUUGUUCAGACAUGAAAUUCUACAUUCAUUGGGUUUUGGAAUGAUCAAAGAAAAAAACGAGAACAAAUUGAAUGACGAGUCUGGGCUAUUUCUUGAUUUCGACAAGCGAGCUACGGAUUUUAUGAUCAAAAGUUUCGACUGUGACGGACUUGCAGGAAUCCUGAGUGAUGACGAGAGAAAAACCCAUCUGGAUCAGAAAAUCUUCAAGACAGAGCUGAUGACUGCGGUCUUAUCGAAUCGACGAAAUUUCUUCACAAAUAUCUCAGCAAUGAUUCUAGAAGACACUCAUUUGAAUGACGGGUUGUUUGAGCCAAUUAAA